CACACCCCCACACCUACAACACGAGUUUUCUCACCCUCCUCUUUCUUCUUCACGAGCUACUCGUCCACCGUUCUCUUCUUCUUAUUUGCGGUUGUAGGCGUACACGCUAAUCCCCAGUCCUGGGAACGCCUAGUUUUUCUGUGCCGUCUUUUUAUUAUUAUUAUUCGUCUUUCCCAUCUCACUUGACCCCCCUCUCUUCCGCAAGCGCUCUCCACCACCUUUGGAUAUUCCUUGUCGCAUUUCUUCUGUCCUCCUCCGGAGUUUAUAGUACUAUACAACAAUGCCUCCACAACUGUUACCGGCUUCGGCCGCCGCUUUUGCGCCGCGAGCUUCGUCCGUCAACGUCGUCCUCGGCUCUAAAGUCGAGCCUUGGCUAACACAAACUCUAAAGCGCAUCAACAGAGUCAAGAGGCCGCUGAACAGCAUACCGCAACACCAAAGAUGUCUGACCGAGACGCUCUCUUCGCCAAAUGCCAUCUGGACUUUGGCGUCGUUGAUGUUACCAAAGGCACCCGAGUCCGACCUGCGCAAGGAUUCUAAUCCGCUAAUAGAGGCUCUGUUCAACUAUCAGCUAAUGCAUAUCGAGGCUUAUAUUGUUCAUGUGGAUAUGGUAUUGCGGAAUGAAGUCGCUUAUAAGUUGACGCCCGACUCGAUAGAAUCUCUUAUCGAAUAUCACAAGGAUAUCUACUGCGUCAACGCUAAGGCCGACACUUACGACUGGCCCGAGAAGGAGCAGCACGCCAAGAAAUUGCACGAAGACUUCAUCCAGGCUAUUAACAAGUUCGUUUAUAGAACUCAUGUUUCCGCCCUCGAGGGUUUAGAAGAGGAGGGUGUUGGAGAGUUAUUAUGUGGGAAGAGUGAGGAGGUUAAGAAUAACAUCAUGGGAUUGCUAAAUAAACCGCUACUACCGCCACCGCCGAAGAUCGUCGAUGUCGUCCGCCAACCGCCAUUAUUACCCAGUUCACCAGUGGGCGCGAACAUGUGGUCGCAAUCUAUGCAUUCGCCUGCUAUGCCUGCUCCGGUCGAGCCAUGGAGGGUUCUACCCUCAAGCCCCAACUCUACCUCGGUAGAAUCGACUGCGCCGAUAUGGGCUAACAUGGGGUUGCAUGACAUUCAAGUGACUUCGCCGGGCAUACCGUACAGCCAACCGUACUCCACGGCCGGAAUGUUCUACAGUUCGCCGAUGGUGACGGCUCCGAUUCCGGCGCUACCGCUUCCCAGCAUGUUAGCGUCGCAGUGCGGUGUGGGUGUUGGAUAUGGCGGUUUCGGUUGGGAUCGAUAUCAAGAGUAUACGACGACCAUAUGACAAUCACCGCCUGCCACGGAGGAUCGCCUGCCAGUGGUAACGACCUCUUAGCAGCCCUCUGACUUCAGAUGGUGAUUUCGGUUCUCGUUUCCUCCAAUUCGAAAAAGACUCGGUGGGUAUCUGAUCGCAUUUACAAGUAGGGCAGGGCCUCGAGAUAUGUGAGGCUGGAUUUUCCUUUUCUACGUUAAAAUAAGAGGUAUACGCAGCAAUGCACCCGAUCAUCGCCCGGCAAAGACCUGGACAGGACAAGUUUUUCGAUUACCACAUUUUUAUUUUCCU